CGAACACGCAACGCUAUUUUGUCAUGCUGAGCCAAACAAAACCCGAGUGGUUGGCGGUUAGUGGCUCGUUGACCGCUCAUCGGACAACAUGAACCGGGCACUUAGAAAGUCUCAGUCUCUGCGUUGCUGUUCGGUCCUCGAGGUGAAAAGUAAAUAUGGAGCAGAAUUCAGGAGGUUUUCCCUGGACCGCUGUGAGCCUGGCAGGUUUAAAGACUUCCACAGGCUCAUUGUGCGUUUACAUCACUUAUGGCAAAUGGAUGUCCUUAUCGAAUAUGCGGAUGUCCAAGGAGAGCUGCUGCCCAUCAAUAAUGAUGACAACUUUUGCAAAGCUGUGACCUCCACACAAUCUUUACUGCGUAUCUUCAUUCAGCUUCAAGAGGAAGCUGACCAGGAUAUCACAGGUGCUGAAGAUACAGCAAAACGAAAGAAACCUGUCAGCCAGAGAAAAACACCAUUCCAGAUCAGCAUGCCACAGAACUUCCGCCCUGUUUCGUCUAUCAUUGACGUGGACAUCAUACCAGAAUGCCACCGAAGGGUGCGUCUGUAUCGCCAGGGCUCGGACAGACCUCUGGGGUUUUACAUUCGCGAUGGUACCACUGUCAGGGUUACUCCAUACGGUCUGGAAAAGGUUCCGGGCAUCUUUAUCUCCCGCAUAGUUCCUGGAGGACUGGCAGCUUGCACGGGACUGCUGGCCAUUAAUGACCAGGUCCUGGAAGUGAAUGGUAUUGAUGUUAUGCGGAAAUCUUUGGAUCAGGUAACCGACAUGAUGAUCGCAAACAGCCACAACCUCAUCAUCACAGUGAAGCCCGCAAACCAGCAUAACAACAUAAGGCGAAAAAGCUGCAGUUCCUCAAGCUCGGGACACUAUUUUGAUAGUACGCACUCCGUAAGCUAUCCAGGGCUACCUAUGAUAAUGAAAGCUUAUGGUUUAGGUAAUGGCUCUGAGAGCGAAGAGGAUGCAGAUGUGGUUGUCGAGAGCCCCAUCAGACACCUGUCCCAACAUCCGGGUUCUUCAUCCGCCUCUCACUCUUUUCAGCCUUAUGUUAAUAUUUGCUACAGGCCCCAAGUUUCUGCCAGACUGCCCAACUUGCUCAUUUCGGCUGCGUCCUAUCACUCUCAGCCUUGUCUCGCUCAUACAGCUCACACUGACCACAGUGUCCCUCUUCACAGGCAUCGGACCUCCCAACAGCAUUUUGGCUGUAAUCCAGCCAUCAGACAGGGAAGCUCCAGUACCCAUGACAUUCUAAACACGUGGCAUGUAGAUCUGAGUCGCCAUUUACUGUUGCCCCAGGGGGCAAUGGAGGAAGAUGGAAUUGUUGUUAUUUUGUAAAAGAUAAACCGAAAAUACACCACCCAUUUUAAAUUGUG